GCGGACGGCUGGCGGCGGCGCAGGCUACGUGUUCUCUUUCCAAGGAUGUGUGACCGCAGCGGCGGCCGGCGGCUGCGGCAGUGGCUGAUAGAGCAGAUCGAUAGCGCCGGGUACCCCGGGCUGGUCUGGGAGAGCGACGAGAAGAGCAUGUUCCGGAUCCCUUGGAAGCACGCUGGCAAGCAGGAUUACAACCAGGAAGUGGAUGCCUCCAUCUUCAAGGCCUGGGCCGUUUUUAAAGGGAAGUUUAAGGAAGGGGACAAGGCCGAGCCGGCCACAUGGAAGACGAGGUUACGCUGUGCUUUGAACAAGAGCCCGGAUUUUGAGGAAGUGACAGACCGGUCCCAGCUGGACAUUUCUGAACCGUAUAAAGUUUACCGAAUCGUCCCCGAGGAGGAGCAAAAAUGCAAAUUAGGCGUAGUGGCUCCCGGCUGCAUUAGUGAAGCCACAGAGAUGGAGUGCGGUCGCUCCGAAAUCGACGAGCUGAUCAAGGAGCCUCCCGUGGACGAUUACAUGGGGAUGGUCAAAAGGAGCCCCUCCCCGCCCGAAGCCUGCAGGAGUCAGCUCCUCCCAGACUGGUGGAUGCAGCAGCCCAGCGCAGCAGGCCUGCCGCUGGUGCCAGGGUACAGCACCUACGACGCGCACCACGCAGCCUUCUCCCAGAUGGUCAUCAGCUUCUACUACGGGGGCAAGCUGGUGGGCCAGACCACCACCACGUGCCCCGAGGGCUGCCGCCUGUCCCUGGGCCAGCCCGGCCUGCCCGGCGGCAAGCUGUGUGGGCCCGAGGGCCUGGAGCUGGUGCGCUUCCCGCCGGCCGACGCCAUCCCCAGUGAGCGGCAGCGGCAGGUGACACGGAAGCUGUUCGGGCACCUGGAGCGCGGCGUCCUCCUGCACAGCAGCCGGCAGGGCGUGCUGGUCAAGCGGCUGUGCCAGGGCCGCGUGUUCUACAGCGGCAACGCCGCGGCGGGCAGGGGCGGCCCCAACAAGCUGGAGCGCGACGAGGUGGUCAAGGUCUUCGACACCAGCCAGUUCUUCCGAGAGCUGCAGCAGUUCUACAACAGCCAGAGCCGGCUUCCCGACAGCAGGGUGGUGCUGUGCUUCGGAGAGGAGUUUCCAGAUAUGACCCCCUUGCGCUCCAAGCUCAUUCUCGUGCAGAUCGAGCAGCUCUACGUCCGACAGCUGGUGGAAGAGGCUGGGAAGAGCUGCAGUGCCGGCUCCAUGAUGCAGGCUCCCGAGGAGCCCCCGCCAGACCAGGUCUUCCGCAUGUUUCCAGAUAUUUGCGCCUCACACCAGAGACCUUUUUUCAGAGAAAACCAACAGAUCACAGUUUAAGUCUCUCUCUCGGGCACCCCGCCCCACCCACAUCUAGAAUUUCAUUAUUACAAUUACUGUCGUAAUUAUUUAAGGAUGUGGAUCCCUCUGACCUGGGGUGGAAGGCUUUCCCCUGCUCUUCAUUUAGUAAGGGCGUCCUCUGAGGACUUGACAGGGAAAGAGAGCUGUGCCCCACUUCUACCGUUCAGAUGUAAGCAUCGAAACUCGCACCAAAUGCUCUGGAGGCUGUAACUGUAACUUGUGAUUAAAACAUUUAUUUCCUGCAUUCUCCCCUAAUUACCAUUAGAUGCUAUGAUUCUUUCAGUAUUUGGGGAUACCUGAUAUUUCCAAAGACCUGGCAUUCAAUUUUAUUAGCAAAUAGCUGUUUCCAGAACAGAAAUCUGGAGUAGAAGAUCAAUUUUGUUUUUAACUUUGGUUAGAGCUAUAGAGUUAUGAUUUCAUAUGCUUGA